AAGAUGUCUGCUGGUACAUCUGCGUCUCUUUUCUGCGGUUUGCUGUCUGCCUUCGUCUUGCUGGUCUCUGCAGUCCAGAGAAACAUCACGGUUGAGCCCGGACAGAACGUCACUCUGCCAUGUCGAGCUCCAAACAACACCACGUCCAUCUGCGUAGCAGAGUGGAGCAGGGCUGACCUCGGGACAGAUUAUGUCCUUUUUUACAGAGAGAAGCGAAUUGAUCCAGACAACCAGCAUCCAUCCUUUGUGAACCGGGUAGAUCUGCAGGAUGGGGAGAUCAAAGAUGGAGACGUGUCUUUGAUUCUGAAGCAUGUGACGGCUAACGACACUGGAACGUACCAUUGUCGUGUCGUUAAAUGCCGUCAACGGCAGAGUCUUAAUAUUCCCACUCCCCCCAUCAGCAGCAUCCAUCUGACUGUUGUUGAUCCUUCAAGUCUAAAAGAAAGCGUCAGCAAUGGAGGAAGCAUGAUUGCAUGUGUUGGACAUAUAGCUGGUCUGUUAGUUUCUGCUGUGCUUCUAGUUGCUGAACUCUGAGUCAACACUGUUGUCAUCCAGGAUUUUAAAGAUUCCAAUGAAUGUCAAACCCACUCGUCGUCACGCUCAUCAACCAGCAGGGGGUGAUGUGAUAAUAGAAAAUUCAGUGAUAGCAAAUUGUGUUUUAAUUUAGAGAAGCAACACGUUUUGAUAAUAUUUAGGUUAGCUGCACUGAUCCUGAGUUCAAACCUGAGCAGGACCCUCCCACCAGUGCAAACAAAUAUUAAUUUACUGUAACGUUUAACCCUUGACCUUUAUUUGUUGAACUACAAAAGUCCAGCCUAUUGUUCAUUAUUCUCUGCAGUGUCACGAGCCAUUAAAAAUCAGAUGAAA